CGGCUGGCCUUACGUGCGCGUGCGCGCGGCCCCCCCCGGCAGUGGCUGUGAGGGAGCGAGGCAGACGAUGGCGGGCGCCUCUCUGUGGAAAGGCCUGGUCGGCGUCGGACUCUUCGCCUUGGCGCACGCGGCCUUCUCCGCUGCGCAGCAUCGCUCCUACAUGAGAUUAACGGAAAAAGAAGAUGAAACUUUGCCAAUAGAUAUAGUUCUUCAAACACUGCUGGCCUUUGCUGUCACCUGUUACGGCAUAGUACAUAUUGCCGGGGAAUUUAAAGACAUGGAUGCUACUUCCAAGCUGAAGAAUAAGUCAUUUGACACCUUAAGGAACCAUCCCUCCUUCUACUUAUUUAAUCACCGGGGCAGAGUCUUAUUCCAGUCCCCAGACAUGGUCCAUUCUUCCUCCAGCAGAGAUGCUUUGUCAUCUAGCGCAUCGCUGAAGUUGCGGAAAUUUGAACCUCUUCGCCGUUAAAAGAUUUUUUUUUUUACAGAUUCUUCUAAAAAUACAACAGGACACUGAGCUAUAACAUUGGAGUUGGGGAUGUAAACACGUUUAUUUCAUUUCUGGAGCAGUAUUUAUAUUGAUCAUCCAGACUCUCUCUCUCUCUCUCCAGACUAUCUAUCUAUCUAUCUAUCUAUCUAUCUAUCUACUGUAUCUAUGUAUAUAUAUGUGUAUAUGGACCUUCUCCGAACACUGUUAACGACAAUGGCUGAAUUUUGAAUUGGCAAAACAGUGUCAAUUGAGCUAUAACAUUGGAGUUGGGGAUGUAAACACGUUUAUUUCAUUUCUGGA